AUGUUCAUCGCUCCGGUAUUCAAGGAUGCCACCAAUCAAGAGAUAGUCGCCACUUGCGCUAAUGAGUUCACCUUCCGGGUAACUGGUUCGGUCAACGAGUUUGUUGGAUUCGGCAGUCUACAUGAUCCUACCUAUGAGGAGCACGAAAGGUCCUUCGCAUUUUCACCAGCCCUUCGCACAUACCAUGUGGGAGGGAAAGGAUGUUCUUAUCAGGUCCGCGUCUUCCCUACCAAGAGCUUCUGCGACACCUACCAUACUAGUUAUCCAGCAUCCAUGGCUGGUGUCAUCACAGGCGUCUUCAUCUUGGUCGGGAUCAUUUUGUACAUGUACGACGCCGCAGUGCACAUGAGACAGAGCAAGAUUCUUGCAGUUGCGUCGCGAUCCGAAAAGAUCUUGUCCGUGCUGUACCCAAAGACCAUUCGAGACAGACUCUUUGGCAUUGAAGAGGAUCAGACUGUCCAGCGCGAGGAACAGAAGUCCUCUCAAGGUGCUAGUGCAAUUCGGCGAUUCAAUGAAGAUCUUUUGAAAAAGGCAAACAAAUAUCAGCUUAAGAGUUUCAUGAAGAGCACACCUUCUUUUCAUCCUCAUGAAACCGAUUUCUUGGAUACGAAGCCCAUUGCUGAUCUCUUCCUUCAUGCCACAGUAUUAUUUGCCGACAUUUCUGGUUUCACGGCAUGGAGCUCGGUCCGUGAGCCUACUCAAGUUUUCACCCUUCUCGAGUCUGUCUAUAGAACCUUUGAUAUCGCUGCAAAACGUCGAAAUGUGUUCAAGGUGGAGACAGUAGGUGAUUGUUACGUAGCAGUUACCGCUUUGCCUGAGCCGACUAAGGCACAUGCUACAAUCAUGGCUUCUUUCGCAAGGGCCUGUGUGGAAAAGUUUGAAGAUUUGGUUGGAUCGUUGGAGACAACACUUGGCCCUGAUACUGGAGACUUGGGAAUCCGCGUGGGAAUGCACAGUAGACCAGUCACGGCCGGGGUAUUGAGAGGAGAGAAGGCGCAGACUGCUGACCUAUUGCCAGCUGAUGGGAAAUCACAUUGGCUGAGUAGCCGCGAACAGCUUGUGACUGCAAAGGGCAAGGGGAAAGUGCAAACAUACUCGCUUUUGACCAAGCAAGAAGAAGCUAGUAUCAAUAUUAUAUCAAGCAUUGCCCAUUCUGCUUUCACAGAUGAUGAGGCGUCUCAGAGCGGAAGCGGUAUUUUCCUGAACAGUCAUUCCGUCCAUUCAGAUUCUUCUCAUGACCUGGUCUCCAGCAGCAUUGAGGACAUCGAAAAGUCGCUACCUUCUAGAACACGACGCUUGUGUCAGUGGAAUGUGGAUGUGUUGACAAGGCUUCUGAAACAGAUCGUGGCUCACAGACUUGCGUCUGAUUUGGGCAACAAGGAUUGGGAAUCCGAUCUUUCGCGACGUGAAAAGGAAAUCCGUCGACACAUCUCUGUUCUUGAUGAAGUAGUUGAAAUCAUUCCUCUUCCUGGGUUCGAUCAAAGUGUCUACAAAGGACAGCAAGCUCACGAAAGGAUUGAGCUUUCUGAGGCUGUAAUCGAACAGAUUCGGUUGUAUGUUGCGUGUAUCGCUGCGAUGUACAAAGACAAUCCAUUCCACAACUUUGAGGUAUGUUUUAUUGUGUCAUUCGUGUCAACUGGUAUAUGUAUUCAUGAUAAUGCGCUGACAGCUUUCGAUCUUUCAGCAUGCUUCACAUGUCAUGAUGUCCGUUUCCAAGCUGAUCCAAUGACAAAGUUCACUGUCAUUCUUGCUGCCAUGGUACACGACGUUGUUCACUCUGGAGUUUCCAAUAAUCAGCUCAUCAAGGAAGGAAGCAAGCUUGUAGACCUAUUCAAUAAUAAGAGUGUGGCAGAACAAAACUCGACGGUCUUGGACUGGGAUAUUCUUAUGCACCCCCGCUUCCAAGACUUUCGACGCACCAUCUACGCAGCCCUGUAUGAGCUGGAUCGGUUCCGUCAGCUAAUGACGAAUACCGUACUGGCCACUGAUAUCAUGGACAAGGAGCUUCAAGCAUUGCGUCGAAACCGAUGGGAUGCAGCCUUCAAUACUAAUGCAGCCCUUGCAGCCCGUUCAGAGGAGGCAACCAAAGACAUGGUCAAUCGCAAGGCUACAAUCGUGAUUGAGCACUUGAUUCAGGCUUCGGAUGUUGCCCACACCAUGCAACAUUGGCACAUUUACUGCAAAUGGAACGAGCGCUUGUUUCAGGAAAUGGCAGUAGCCUACAAAGCUGGUCGUCUUCCUUUCAAUCCAGCAGAGAAGUGGUAUGAGGGUGAAAUAGGUUUCUUGGACAACUAUGUGAUUCCAUUGGCGAAGAAGUUGAAGGAUUGUGGUGUGUUCGGGGUUGCAAGUGACGAGUAUUUGAACUACGCAAUGGAGAAUCGUCGCGAGAGGGAAGAAAAGGGACGAGACUUUGUUGAGAGCUUGACAGAGCCACUUGGGUGGAUUUUGAAAAUUUUGAAUAUGUAUAUAAAAAUAAAUUCUGUAAUCACCGUUGUGAAACACUACAGUAGAAGAAGAAGAAGAACACAUUUUCUACACUCUUCGGACAAUCGAAAUAUUUGA